UACACCGCCAGGUCCCAUUACUAUUGCUAUGAGCAUGCCAUGUUUAGCUUGUUUGUGAUUAAAACUUUUUUCAUGCAUACUCAAUGACAGCAGCUACACCUCCUCGAAAAGAAAAAUAUUUUGCUUGCUUGCUCAGAUCACAGGAUAUUGUCACCUUUACUAUAAAGGUGAUUGGUUUAUCGCUUUCUCUCCCCCUCAUCUCUGCGGCAGCCACACCCCUAUCAGGGAGGCCACUGGGGGUCCUGGGAGUCAACUGUCGCCACGUCAUUCUCUACAACCUCGGACUCCAGCAGCUGUACGCCGGUCACCCCACCGCAGCGUUUGACUCCCUGCUGGAGGUCGUGCAGGUCUACCACACGAACCCUCGCCUGUGGCUGAGACUGGCCGAGGCCUGCAUCGCUGCACAGGCUCAGGUCACACACACUACGUAUAGUGCCUCAGAUUUCAGAGUGGCUCGUAUUGUUACACUACAGUUGGAUAGUUUCUCAGAUUCACGAAAGUUGUAGAAAUGUUCAAUUUUUGUCCAUUUCCCUGUCUGCUGCAGAUGGAAGAGGAGAGAUCUCAGAAGAAGCGAUACAAGAACACGCUAGUCAACGAAGUGUUUGGGAAGGGUCUUCACAGGAAGCUGGUCGUGGCCCCCAUGCCCAACUCAGUCUGCAGCUCCCUGCAAGAUGCCGAGGCCCACUCCCAGUCAGCUGCAAUGCCAGCUCCAACCCUCGAGUUUGCUGCCAUAUGUCUCUCCAACGCCAAGUUCCUUCUCCCCAACACACCCCCAGUCGUGUCAGACGACCCCCCGACUUCGACCCCUCCAGUCCCCGCCCCCCCUGGACCCCCCAUUCAGGGUCACAGCGUCAGUUCUCUCAGGUGUUACGUUCUGGCAUGCCAAGCCUAUGUGUCUCUAGGUCUUGGAGACCCAGUCACCAGUCUGGCUUCGUCGCGAGAACUCUUAGCCACACCCCUUCUCUCUGGCGGCCUGCGUUUCCUUGGACAAGUGUACUCAGCAGAGGCGUUGGUGUUACUGGGCAGAGUGUCUGAGGCCAUGACCCACCUCACUCCGGAGAGUGUCGUAAACAUCAGUGUCUCCUCUCCUAAACCAGUUCUGAAGGACUCAGAUUCAGAGACAGCCGCACAGCUAUCCACUCACCCUCCCAAUGCUGGUCCCCAGGUCCACCAGUUCCCUGAGAGUCUGAGUCAGGCCAGGGCCGUCAUGCUAUUCAACACCGCAGCCGUCUUCUGCAUCACUAGAGACAACGACAAGGCACGCAAGGCCCUGCAGGAGGCUGUCAAGCUGCUCCCCAAUCCUCCUCCUCCACAGACUGUUCUUCUCUCUGCAUACAUUGAACUCAUGAGUGGCAACACAGCUGCUGCUCUGCACCUCCUGAAGGUGGCUCACCCCUACCCACACGGAAUGGACUUUCAGAAGAAACCCCGCAAGGCAGCUGCCACAUAUCUCGCAAUGAAACACUGACCACGCCCCCCAAUUAGACAGGGUGACUCCGCCCACAUUCAGUUACGCAU